CCCGGAAGUUAAGAAUGGCGGCUGAAACGACGACGGUGGUACCCCCUCGUCGUGUGCAUUCUGUAACAGGUGAUGAGUUAGAGGAACGUGUGCUGCUGGAGCCGUACGAAUACAUCUGUCAGGUCCCGGGCAAGGCUGUGCGUGUGCAUCUUAUAGAGGCGUUCAAUGUGUGGUUGAAGAUCCCGGAUGAUAAAUUAGAAAUCAUCAAGGUCAUUACGCAAAUGUUGCACAAUGCGAGUCUAAUGAUUGAUGAUAUUGAAGACAACUCGAGACUUCGUCGGGGCAUUCCAGUUGCUCAUCACGUGUUUGGAGUUCCUCAUGUCAUCAAUUCAGCCAACUUUGUCUACUUCCAGGCUCUGCAAAAAGUUGUGGAUCUGGCACACCCGGCCGCUGUGUCGUCGUUCUCGGCUCAGCUUCUUGAGUUGCAUCGAGGUCAAGGGAUGGACAUCUAUUGGAGAGAUGCAUGUAUAUGUCCAACCGAAGACGAAUACAAACGAAUGGUGAAACAAAAGACUGGCGGUCUCUUCAAGUUAGCAGUGGAUCUAAUGCAGCUAUUUAGUGAAAAUAAAAGUGACUUCCAGCCAUUGCUUGAUGUUCUUGGGCUCUGGUUUCAAAUUCGAGACGAUUUUGCCAAUUUGUGUUCAUCUGAGUAUGAAAAGAACAAGAGCUACUGUGAAGACAUCACAGAAGGAAAGUUUUCGUUCCCGAUUAUUCAUGGAGUAUACAGCAAUAUGCAGAGCACGCAAUUAAUAAAUAUAUUGAGACAACGUACAGAAGAUGUGGAUGUAAAGCGAUACUUUAUACAAUACCUAGAAAAGGCACGUUCAUUUGAAUACACAAGGAAAGUGCUGUUUGCACUAGAAGAACAGACAUUAGAGGAGAUAUCUAAGCUUGGUGGCAAUCCUGUCUUAUCUGCUGUGUUUGAACGCCUCAGAGCUGUGUAUGCCCACCAAUAGAUUGCCGAGAUAACAUGUUAAGCAAACCUGCGAUGUCUCGACAUGCAAAUAUUUUUCUUUCUGAGCAAGAUGGUUGAAUGAAAGACAGUUUACCAGGCUCAUCAAUAUCCACCUAUUUUGUUGUUCUUCACAGGCCUGACCUUGGUAAUGUGGACUUUGGUUUGUAUGACGCAGCGGUAGGGUCUGGCUACGCGAGACUAAAAUCUAGCGCGCGCUAGC